GACAUUUUCACGUUCGCGGUCAUUUCAAGUAAAUUGCGUCUUUCGGCAUAAAAAUAUCAAUAAACCAUACAUCCCGGAGCAAUUAGCAGCAAUUGUGUUGUGUCGUGCCGGUAGUAAAUCGGAUAAAUGCGAAGCGGCAAACAAAGUGCACCCUUUGCCGUUUGGCGUUAUUCCUUCCCGUGUAGAUCGUGUUGGCAGUGAAUUCCAUCGAAGCUAUAUAAGUGAUGUCCCUUCGUCGUCGGUGCAAUUGAAUCUUCACGUAUGUCGCAUCGAAUCGCGUCAGUCUAAUCAAAUUGCUGCCGUAAAUCUCGUUCGGAAGAGGGACUCUCACGAUUCUAUAACAGCAACGCGGUGACGACGCUGCUGGUGGCUACUGCGUCUGACUAUUUAUGAGCGGCAUAGUUGAACCUGUUUGUUUAGCAACCUGAUUUGCGAGGGUCAAUUGGUGCCGCACUACACAAGGGGUCAAUCUAAUAAAUCGAAGACGGACGAGAAACAAAUUUAUUGAAUAAGCACCAGUCGUAAACAAGACAUUAUCAAUUAGCACUGCUUGCUCUGCGCGAUAAUAUAAGAAUCCGUGUUUGUUGAAAGUGUUUAUUUAUUGAUUACGUGUAUACCUACUUGCCGCUAAUACGCUUUUUGUGAUCGCAGUGACAAUAGUGAAGGAAUCCCAGCUGGUGGAGACGUCGGACGGCGCUUGAAAAAGUGCUCACAUUAGUUAGCAUCGUAUGCGCAAUCGCUGUCCUGGCACUACUGAUCUCACUCAUUUCGGUGCUGCUCAGCGAUCGGAUACAGGAACCGGAUAACGGUUCGUCACAGUCACCGCAGGCGCUGACCGGUUCUCGGCGGGGCAAAAACAUGAGAGUCAACUCCAAUGAUUCGAAGGAUGGCAGCGAUCUCUGCCUUUCGCCAGGAUGCAUCCAUUCAGCAUCGAAAGCAUUGGAUCAAAUGGACACCAGUGUGGAACCGUGUGACGAUUUCUACAACUACGCUUGCGGUAAUUUCCUCAAGGAAACCAAUAUUCCGGAUGAGAAGGUGUCGGUUAACACCUUCUCGGUGAUUGGAGAUCGGCUGCAGGAGCAGCUACGUUCGCUCGUAAGUGAUGACAUUGACGAGAAUGAGGCCACUCCGUUCAAGCUGGCCAAGAACAUGUACAAGCUGUGCAUGAACAAGACGAGGAUCGAGGAAAAGGGCAUCAAGCCAUUACUGGACAUUUUGGACUCCCUAGGAGGGUGGCCUGUUUUGAGCGGCGACAAUUGGAAUGCGGAUUCUUCUUGGUCCUGGACCAAAUCAGUGAAAGACUUCCGCCUGAAGGGCUACAGUACCGAUUAUUUCUUCGACUUUUCGGUUGGAACGGAUUUGAAAAACUCGACCCGUAGGAUUAUCGACCACGCAAAUGCGCAUACGACACCCCCCAUUGCAUGGCAACGUAGCUUACAUACGGAUCAAGCUGCCCUUGGCAUAAGUCGCGAGUAUCUAGUGAAGGGCAUGGAAAAUCCGAUCGUGUCUGCUUACUACAGCUACAUGGUUGACAUGGCGGUACUAUUCGGAGCAGAAGAAGAACGCGCCAAACGAGAACUGAUGGACUCGCUGAACUUCGAAAUCGCUCUGGCUAACAUUUCGCUGCCAAAUGAAAAACGUCGUAAUGCGACUGCCCUCUACAAUCCCAUGACCGUGAAAGAUUUCCAGCACAAAUAUCCGUACACCGAUUGGGUCGAAUACUUCAACGUUAUUCUGAAGGAUACGGACAUCGUGAUUGAUGAGAACGAAGUCAUCAUUGUCAGCGUACCGAGCUUCAUGGAACAAUUGGGGCCACUGCUGCAGAACACCCCCAAGCGAACUAUGGCUAAUUACGUGAUGUGGCGCGUCAGUGGAUUCUCUUCAUUCUUCCUCACAGAGAAACUGCGAAAGCGGCAGUUGCAGUACAGUACAGCACUCAGUGGCAAACAAGAACAGGAACCUCGCUGGAAAGAAUGCGUGGACAUCACAUCAGGAAGCCUUCCAAUCUCAGUGGGGGCUCUCUACAUUAGAAAAUAUUUCAAGGAAGAUUCCAAGCGCGCAGCUCUAGAUAUGGUGGACGGAAUCAAAAGUGUAUUUGUGGACAUUUUGAAGAAGGUAGAUUGGAUGGACGAAAUAACUAGAAAAUCUGCCCUUGAUAAGGUUGACUCGAUGGUUACUCACAUCGGUUAUCCAGAUGAACUGAUGGAUGACAACAAAAUUGCUGACUACUACAAGGAUUUGAAAUUCAAACCGGAAGAUAACUAUCUGAACACAAUUUUAUACAUGAACCAGUUUGGAACUACCAAAGCGUUCAAGAAGCUUCGACAGGCUGUCAACAAAACCGACUGGAUUACCCAUUCUAGACCAGCUGUUGUCAAUGCAUUCUAUUCAUCUAUUGAAAACAGUAUUCAGUUCCCAGCCGGUAUCUUACAGGGCCAGUUCUUCUCGUACGACCGACCAAAGUACAUGAACUAUGGAGCAAUUGGAUUCGUGAUUGGACACGAAAUUACUCAUGGAUUCGAUGACCAGGGGCGACAGUUUGACAAAAACGGAAACCUUGUGGACUGGUGGCAAUCCGAUACCAAGAAAGCCUAUUUGGAGAAGGCUCGCUGCAUCAUUGAACAGUACGGCAACUACACGGAACCGAAUGUGAAGCUUAAUUUGAACGGUAUCAACACCCAGGGCGAAAACAUUGCGGACAACGGCGGCAUCAAGGAAGCUUACUACGCCUACAAAAAAUGGACUGAGAAGCAUGGUCCGGAAUCACGUCUGCCUGGGCUGGAUCUCACACCAGAGCAGAUGUUCUGGCUAUCUGCAGCUCAAACUUGGUGCUCAGUGUAUCGACCGGAAACCAUGAAGAUGCGCAUUACCACCGGAGUGCAUUCUCCGGGUCAGUUCCGAGUACUUGGACCAAUGAGCAAUAUGGUUGAGUUCGCGAAGGAUUUCAACUGCCCGGUCGGAUCGCCAAUGAAUCCAGCACAAAAAUGUGAGGUCUGGUGAAUCACAUUUAAUUCAAAUUCUUUCUUAAAUCCUUCCAAUGUUUCAAAGCGCGAAACAAUGUCUGCAAUCUCUUCCUUAUCUGCUAUUUAACACCGUUACAAAUUAUCUCUCCUUUCGACUGUUCUAAACGGACAAAAGUGAUAUCGUAGGAACCCUCAGUCAUAUUGAUUAUUCAUUUGUUGAAACGUACUUAUAAUUUCAACUAUUGAAAUUGAAUUUUAAAAGGAACAUUUUACUUAAGUAUCAUUACUUAAGUGAGAAAACUAUAAUAUUUAUUCUAACUGAACAUAUCAACCGAAUAUCGGUUGAUUUUAAAUGAAACUAUGGAAAACAUACACAAAUACGACAUAAUAGAAAUAAAAAAAAACUUAUAAACAAAUGCAAAAACAGAAUCAAUUGUUCGUCUGGCUUAGAACAAAAGAAACAAAGUAAAACGGUGCGCAAUGUAUGUGUGUAAAUAUGUCCGACAUAAUGCUUCAAAGCCAUUUUAACUUAUGUAUUGUCUUUCUGAUCAUUCGUGUCCGGAUUUUGAACCACGUGUAAUGUACUUCUCGUUAUAUGAAAGUUAAAGCGUAACGAAAUUUGUUGUUUGUAUUUUUGUAUUAGCGUAAGGUUUUACUGUAACACUGUGUCAUGAAAUAGAAUGUUUUCUAUUAUA